CUAAAAUCAUUGUUUUGCUGAUAGCAAAUUAUAAAAUGUACUUUACUUAGGUAGAGAGAUCAAAGAUUAAAUUUGAUAACCUUGGUUGUGAUACAGUCCCCCACAAUAGUACUAUAUACUCUGCUCUGGCAAAAAGUUAUUUGUGGUUUAGUAUUCGUCUAGUUGAUACUCUCACAAUGUGGCCCCGAUCCAGAUUCCUGCUGUAUAGAGAACGAAUGUUAUUUAACUUUUUUAUUGCUAAGCUUUUGGCCUAUUUUAACAUUUGGAAAACUUCAUAUGUUCAUACCACAAAACUAGGAAAAGUCAAGGGCACUGUAGAAUAUGCCGAAAAUGGAUCGAAAUACUACAGUUUUCAAGGCAUACCCUAUGGAAAACCCAUGCUUGGUGAAAAUCGAUUCAAGACAUCUGAAGCAGCAGGACCAUGGACGGGGACACUGGACGCCACAAAAACAGGAAAAAAAAGCAUUCAAAGCCACAUGGUGUCCAAAAAAUUAGAUGGUGACGAGGAUUGUCUCAACUUAAACAUAUACACCCCGGAGGUUCCACCGGACAGUAAAAAUCUUAGGCCGGUUAUGGUGUACAUUCAUGGCGGCGCUUUCCUUAACGGUUCCAAUGACAAAAUGAUGUACGGUCCGGAUCAUCUUAUAAACGAAGAUGUCGUUUUGGUGGCGAUCAACUACCGUUUGGGUUUGUUGGGAUUUUUGGCUUUUGAAGAUCCGUCUUUGGGAGUGACGGGCAAUAUGGGGUUUAAGGAUAUGGUGCUGGCUUUAAAGUGGGUUCGAGUUAACAUUAAGGAUUAUAAUGGUGAUCCCGACAACGUUACGAUUUUUGGCGAAAGCGCCGGAUCUGUAGCCGUGCAUUUGUUGAUGUUAUCACCUUUAUCGAAAGGUUUGUUUCACAAAGUUAUUGCACAGAGUGGAAGUGUUUUGAAUGGGUGGAGCCGAUGUGAAACAGAUGUUGCACAACAAGCUGCAUCAGCAAUUGGCUUUCAAUCUACCAGUAAUAAGGAAAUACUUGAUUAUUUUAGGACAAUUCCUGUAGACAAGCUUUGGGCAGCUCAACGAGCACUUGAAAAAUGUGAUAAAUUUUCAUGUGUGGACCGUUUUUGUGGAUGGACAAUUGAACCACCAUCUAACACAGCAUUCCUAACAAAAUCACCAAUUGAUCUCAUUACAUCUGGCGAAUACAAUCGAGUUCCUAUAAUGAUGGGCUUUACGAAUUGUGAAGGUAUGUUAUAUGAAGGAGUUGUGUCUGAAAAGAAUAAACCAGUCUAUUGGGAAAAACCUGAAGUUAAUGUGCCCACUCAAUUAGAAUUGGACAAUGAUUCGGCUGUAAAAAAGACUGUAGGUGAAAAAAUCGUUAAAUUUUAUUUAGGAGAGGGUCCCUAUAAUAAAGAGAAUAGUACCAAUUCCUUAUAUGACUUACUGACUGACAAUUGUUUCUCCUGGGGGAUUUACCAGGCAGUGAGACAUCAUGCCAAUCAAUUGCCAAACUCUGUUUAUCUGUACAGAUUUUCUUUAGACACCAAAUUAAACUUCUACAAGCACUUAACGAAAAUUACAAGUCCAGGUACUUCCCAUGCUGAUGAUUUGGCUUAUUUAUUUAACAUGUCUUUAUCAUUGGGUGUAUCCAGACAUUCCCUAGAAGACAUAGCAAGAAAAAGAACUUGUCGAUUAUGGGCGAACUUUGCUAAAUUCGGUAAUCCUACCCCUAAGAAUGACGAUCUGUUAGACAAAUUGUGGUUGCCGGUCACCAAAGACAUUGUUAAUUUUUACGAGAUUUCCGAAGAUCCUCAUGGUGAUGAAAACCCUUGGCCUGAAAGGAUGAACUUUUGGAAUGGAAUAUACAGUAUGAAUGAAAACACAGCCAAAUUGUUAAAAUAAUUAUUUAAAAACAAACAAAUUUGUUGAAAACUAGGUCUUCAUGCAGUAUUAAAAACUUGUUGUGUUAUAUAA